AUGCUGAAGAUUAAAUUAGACUUGAUAUAUUUCCAAAACACUUUACAUUACACAACAACAAGUGUUCUCCACUUAGACGUUUUGCGCUUUGAUAAAGAAAACGACAACGACACAAAAUCAAAUCUGCGAAAGUUUAAGAUCUCUUUUGAGACUUUAACAUCAAGUUUGAUGACAUUUGGAAAAAUUCACCCGAAAUCGAAUUCAAAUGAGGUGGAAGAAGAAAAGGUAAACAAAGAACCAAGGCAAUGUCUUUUGUUAUUUCACUCUAAUUUAGUUUUCUUUGAAUCACAAAGAGUUUAA